AUUGUGCCAACACCAGAAGGGCAAUGCUUUCAAAUCUUCUCCACUACGAAAAAUAAGAAAAAAAUUAAAUAUAGCAAUGAUGUUGAAAAAAACCUUGGUGGAGAAGCUUUUCAAUAUUUCAAAAAUGUCUUCGCAAUCUCUUACUAGAUACCGGACUUCUUCGACAAUGGUUCAAAAUCGGCUUUCCAUGGCGCCGGAUCAAGGAGACGCUGACGACAAUGGAGUGUCCUUGCAGUUUCUUCAUGGAAGAGGUAUGCUUUCGCCGGCGAUGAGGAAGCUAGGGACGGGGGGAAAUUUAAUGGGGAGGUUAAGGGGGGUUGAUUUGUACAAGAAUCGGGUCCGGUUGGAUGGGUUAAGCCAGCACUUGGCGGCGCAGGAGGUGGCGGCACUGUCGGAUCAGGAAGCGAAAAAGCUGUUAAAGGUAGCGCAGUUGGAGGUGUUGAAAACGGGGCUGAGAGAAACCGGGAAAAACUGGGUUCCUUAUUCGGACUUUAUUCGGAUGUGCGGUCAAAGCUGUUCGGAUCCCGAACAGGGAUCGGAGUUCGCCAAAUUACUCGACGAGUCGGGGACUGUCAUCGUGUUGGGAGACGUUGUCGUUUUGCGACCCGAACAGGUAACCAAAGCCAUUGGUGGGCUGAUUCCUAUACGGAAUCCGAACCCGGGUGACCCGAGAAUGAAUCAAUUGGCGGAAUUGGAGAGGCAGAAGGCUAAAAUAGAUUCAAAAGCCGAAUCAUUGGUCCGAUGGGAGCUGAGGCUGGGUCUAGCCUAUUUGGUGGUUCAGACCGCCUGGUUCAUGAGGCUAACAUUUUGGGAUCUGUCAUGGGAUGUGAUGGAACCCAUUUGUUUCUACGUCACCACCCUGUAUUUCAUGGCUGCCCACACAUUCUUCCUCAAGACAUCCAGAGAACCGUCUUUCGAAGGGUUCUACCAAACCCGGUUCACCGCAAAGCAAAAACGGCUCAUCAAAGCCCACAAAUUCGAUAUCGACGAGUAUGAUAAGCUGAAGGCUAUCUUGAACCCAUAUUCGGAGAAGACCAAGGUUGGUUGAUGAUCGGAAAUAAUAGGAUUGCUGUUUUUAGGGUUUAGGAGGUGC